GUGUUCAAAAAUGAAGUCUAUUGAAAUGAUAAACACUGAAGACCUUGUCUGUGCAAUAAUAAAGUAUCACGCUAUAUGGGACAAUAAUGCUGAUGAAUAUAGUACAAAAUAAAGAGUCAGUCUUUCUACCAUGCGAUGAUGAAGUUGAAGAUCUUGAACCUAUUCAAUAUAAUAUACCUGCAUCAUAUAGUGAAAAAGUCAAAAUUCAUAAUUGGCAAAUGAAUACACUGGCAGAACCAAAAGAUAAUAAAGAUAUUUUUCCACCAAAAGGAAAUCUUCAGAAUUCAACUUAUAAACGAUUAGGUUCAUUCGACGAACCUAUGGGUAUAUCUGAAACUCAUGCUAUGCUAUCUCAAAUAGAGUUCAAGGAUUUAUACAAAUCGAUGCAACCGCAUAGAGGUUUUCUUAAGAUGCUAUCUUUUGUAAGGACCGAAAGAGAAGAACAAGAGGAAGAACCAAAGUUAGAAGACAUAAUCUAUAGUCCUGAAGAAAUGCGUUGUAUGGAUUAUCGAACCACGACAGAAAUUGAAUAUCGAGCACCUUAUCCAAUGAAAUCUAGACCACCGCCUCAAGCACCUCCACCAGUACCAUGGUUACUUAACCGUCGAACUAUUGGUUAUACUCUUGAAGACCUACAGAAGUACGAUGGUGUUGUUACGUUUUUGGAUGAAAAUAUGAAACUCCAACAAUGCAUAGCUGAUCUAAAAAAGGAACGAAAUAAAAUGAGAGAUAUCAUAUCAAGCACAGAAACUUCAGUCAACUCUUCGUAUGAUUACGGUUCAUGUCAAAUUGUUAAAAAAGAUGAAAACGAAUAUCAAUGUCAUGAGUAAAUAAAAAUACAAGUUUAUAAUAUUAAAAUAUGUAAAAUAAAAAAAUUAAAAUAGAUGAUUUAUAAAUAAAAACAAAAAUUUAUUGACUCAAUGUGUUUGGUAGCAGGAGGCAAAUUAGAAACAAGUAUUUAUAUACAAUAUUUCAUUGAAAAACAUAUCUACAAGACAGCUUUCUUUUUAUAAGACUUAUCAUAGCAUUAUAUAGAGAAUAAUACAUCAAAAUAUAUUAGAAUAGGACUCAUAUGUAGGAUUGUACAUCGUUGCUCGUGACAGAAGCAAAAGCUACACAAUUUCUUAAAAUAAUUAUUAUUUCUGUGCUGCGAUUG